AUGUCAAAGGACAAAGAUAACUUUCCGCUCGCGGAUAUGAAGCAAAAGGUCCCUCCAUGGGUUCCCUACUCCCUCGUAGCAUUCUCCACCGCAGCCAUAGUCGCGCCCAUCUUCUUCCUUCGACGACACCGCGCCUCCGCACGUACCCUCCAGACCGCCGCCGCUCCUCCUCCCAGGCGAGGUGACCGCGCCGCAAUCCAAUCCCUCGCUACAUCAACGUCCACUUCCAGUUCUACCCCAUUGACCGCGGCAGUGGCGUCAUCAUCAUCAGUCCCCCUCGAACCUCCACCGGAUGCGUCUGGCCCAUACGAGAACACAAGCAUCAUACGUGAACUCAUUUUCGGCUCGGAGGAGGAGGAAGCGGCGUCUCAAAAGCUCGCUGCGAAGAGCGGAGAACUAGAUAACUUCAAUGGCCCUCUUUACACCCUCAAGGCGUUCACCAUCGCGACCGCAGGGGUAGUCUUUACAGCGUCGGUAUCGAUAUGGGGGCUCAUGCAGUAUGUUGGCGCACGCGACACGCAAGAAUUUGCUCAACUGAUGCGCUCGGCCGUUUUGACUCGUCUUCCCCGUCUCUCUGCUCGGAUACACCGACCAUCCGAGACCGGGGACAACCCAACUGAUAUAGCGCUAGUACUGCCUUCAUCGUCCUCUGAGCCAUGGACAUGGACGGACGCAGAAGAACGUCUUAAGAAAGCAUUUGACGAGGGCGGUCUACCUGCAUGGGGUGAAGCUGCAAUGGCCGAAGUAGAAGCGGAAGGGCACGCAGAACGUCUCAGACGCGGAUUUGUCGAUACCUCCCCCUCACACCCCAACGCUUAAUUUGCUGACUUCAACGUACC